GCGCCCCGAGCUUGCUGAGCUUCUACCCAGGCUUUCAGUACUUGGACCUUCACCGAGAAAUGGUCACAGUGUCAGGCUGCAGACGGAUAGCCACGGAUAGCCAGAGCAGUGUUUGAGCAGCAGCGGGCAGCAGCAAUCCCCGCUCGCACCCCACCGCCAAGUCGGAGUAGGAGGCCUUGACGCCGCCCGCCAUGGCUCACUCCCCGGUAGCCGUGCAAGUCCCAGGGAUGCAGAACCACCGAGCUGAUCCUGAAGAGUUGUUCACAAAAUUAGAACGCAUUGGGAAAGGGUCAUUUGGUGAAGUUUUCAAAGGGAUUGAUAACCGGACUCAGCAUGUUGUUGCUAUAAAAAUCAUUGACUUAGAAGAAGCCGAGGAUGAAAUUGAAGAUAUACAGCAAGAAAUUACAGUGCUUAGUCAGUGUGAUAGCCCAUAUGUAACCAAGUACUAUGGAUCCUACCUGAAGGGCACUAAACUAUGGAUCAUUAUGGAAUAUUUAGGCGGAGGAUCAGCACUAGAUCUGCUUCGUGUUGGUCCUUUUGAUGAGUUCCAGAUUGCUACCAUGCUUAAAGAAAUAUUAAAAGGCCUUGACUAUCUGCACUCUGAGAAUAAAAUUCACAGGGACAUCAAAGCUGCCAAUGUACUCCUGUCUGAGCAGGGGGAUGUCAAGCUCGCAGACUUUGGUGUCGCAGGGCAGCUUACAGACACACAAAUAAAAAGAAACACCUUUGUAGGGACACCAUUUUGGAUGGCUCCAGAGGUCAUACAGCAGUCUGCUUAUGAUUCCAAGGCUGAUAUUUGGUCUCUAGGUAUUACAGCAAUAGAACUAGCCAAAGGCGAGCCGCCAAAUUCUGAUAUGCACCCCAUGAGGGUUUUGUUCCUGAUUCCUAAAAAUAAUCCACCAUCCUUAACAGGGGACUUCAGUAAACCAUUCAAAGAGUUUGUAGAUGCCUGCUUGAACAAGGAUCCCAGCUUUCGUCCCACUGCUAGAGAACUCCUGAAACACAAAUAUAUUGUGAAGAAUGCCAAGAGGACAUCUUACCUGACUGAGCUUAUUGACCGGUUCAAAAGAUGGAAAGCAGAAGGGCACAGUGAUUCAGGCUCUGAUGACUCGGAUACAGAAUCAAACAACAAAGAAAACCAUACCCACCCAGAAUGGAGUUUUACUACUGUUCGGAAGAAGCCAGAGUCAAAGACUAUGCAGAAUGGAACGGAUCAAGAUCUUGUGAAAACCUUGAGCUCUCUAUCUGCAAUAAUAUCCCCGGUGUUUGCAGAGCUUAAACAGCAAGACCGGAACAACACAGUGAGGAAAAAUGCAAUUGAAGAACUUGAAAAAAGUAUCAAUGUAGCUGAGGCCACUUAUCCUGGGAUUACUGACAAGAUGGUGAAGAAACUUAUGGAAAAAUUCCAGAAGUUUUCAGUCAACGACUCCUAAUUAUGUUCUGGUGACCAUGACAGUGCUCUAACAGAAGAGCUGAGGGACAUCCACCAAAUCUACUCCAAGCCUAGCCGUGCUUCGCUAUUUCAGCUCCUUGUGCCUUUUGGACCUCUGCUAAACACAACAUUGACCAUAAUUAAGCGUUUGGAAGGAAACAACUCCAGUUUUUUCUUCUGUUUUGUUUUUUUUCUUUUUUUUCUUUCUUUUCCUCCUCCCCAUUUUUUUCUCAGUGAUGGUGUAAAUGGUUUUAUAUUUUCAGGAAAUGAUUUUGUAAAGAUUGAUGACUUUUAUUACUGUUUCAUCUUUUGUUUAAUUCUAUAAAUGUUAAUGCUCUGUUUUUGCUCCCGGGUAGUAAGAUGUGCGAGUAACAGUAUGUUGUGGUGGUCGUGCCGCACUGUACACUGACGGAAUCUUUGUGGAUUUUUUUUUUUCUUAGAAAACCUUUAUUACUCCUGUAUUCUUUACAGAAAUCUGAAGUAGUGGGUUACAGUUUGUGAAAUACACAAUCUCCAUUUAGCAGCUGUAGAGUAAUGCAAAUGCUUGAGACACCUCUGGCUUGUGUGGACCAUGACUAUGCACUCCUUUGUACCCCAGACUUUUUUUUUUUUUUUGAUUGAUCCAUCAGAGCAUCCAUAAAGUCAGUCUUUGCUUGUCUGUUCCCUUAUUAAGCACUGACCAAUAGUUUAGUAGCUCAUACAUAUCACUACACUGCUGAUACUGUGCUCAUCUGCACACUUUUUUGUCCCACCUUCCAUCCAGUUGCUGGAGAAUCGCAUGCAAGCCUACAGAGGUUUUGCCAUGUAGAUGUAUGCUGCAUUGACAUUGCUGCUGCUUUACAGAAUGCACUUUGGCACCCUAUUUUUAUUUGCAUUUGGCAAUAUGGAUAAUGUGACAGCAGCAGUGCUUUGUGGCGUGUAGAAAAAGCAGAGAAACUUUAGUUUAACUUGAUCAUUUGCUGUCCUGCUUCUUUUGUCUUUACUGUAAGUUUCCUUUUUUUUUUAAGAAACCUUAAAGCAAUAUUUUUGUUCUGCAAAUAGUUAAUGGUAGUUAACAAAACCUUUUUCUGCCAUGAAGGCUGUUUAGUGAGUGCUCAUAUGCUGCAGAACCCUCCUGGCAGACAAAGAGUUAACUAAUAACAUACUUGCUAUGCUACAGAUGGGGUUUGAAUAUCAUGAGAAAAGCUACCCCCAUGCCAGACUACAGAGACAAUGGUUUGCACCAGCAUCUUCCUCCAAGCCACAUUUUCCAUGUAAUAUAGUCUAUUUUCUCUCUGCUUCACUUGGAUAACCACACCAUCACCUAUUUAUACUCCAGUGAACGUGUGUUUUAACUCUGUAUUUAUCAUUUCAUACCAAUAACUAAGUUGUGUAUAUCCUUUCACACUUGAUGUUUGGCAGUAAAACUCCUUUCUAAACAGCCAGCAGAACUGUAAAUGAUCAGUCCUAUAUUUAUGGUACUGCUAGAUGGGAUGCAUUCUUUCCAAGGCCCAUCUCCUGUAUAUAGAUUGAAUCGCUUGAUUUGCGCAUGUACGUCAACAUUUUUGUUUUGUUGCAGUUGGUGUAAUUUUUUUUAUAUAUAUAAUAUAUAAUAUAUAUAUAAAGACUGGAUGUGUUUAUUUUAUGAUUUUGAGGCCUGCAUAUUUUUUUGUUACAGGGGAUAUAACCCCCAAAAGUGCCAGAGACUUUGGCCCACCGUUUCUCUCCUGCAAUGUACAGCCGAUCUCUUAGGCACAAAGUUAAACCCCCUGAGAUGUCUGCCAAAUAUGUCAAUGCAGAGGUGCCCAACAGAUGUGCUGCAUUUGGACUAAUUGCCAUUACAGUGUUUAUCAUUUUAUAGAGGUGGUUAUUAUGAUCUCCCUUGGACCAGGGAGGUGGCUGUUAUUUGACCUUAACUGGCAUCCAGUGGGCUAAGAGAAGCUUAGCUCCAGUUUCUGCUGGGAUAAGCAUGCUGCAUUGCUAAGCAACAAUAUAAUGGCGUACAGCAAGCUCUGGAACUCAUUUGUAGUGGAACAGUGCAGAAUUGUGCAGACAUUCUUAUUUAAGCUUGUGGUGGUGAUGUGAUAUAGAACCCAAAAAGCAUUAUAGAAUCAUUUCAUAAAAGGUAUGAGUGUUCCAUCACCCCCUGUUAGUGUUUGCGCCACCAUUUUCGGCAUAAGGCGAAUUGUGUGGUUCCGUAUCUAUAUAUUGUAGGCAUGCCGGGCAGCUGCAGUAUGAUGAGAAUUCUUUACUCUAAACAAAAUGAAAUAACCUACAUGAGGCUUUUCAGCAUGCAAUGGAAUGAGCUGUAGUUCAGCAGUAGCCAUGUUUGUCCUUUUGUGUCUCCAGAAACCACCCUUGUGCAUCACAAGAAUAUUCUUCAGUGCAAAAGAACAUUAUAGCCUGUUUAGGUGAAACGUCUCGGACUAAAGCAAAGUGCUCCACGCCUUUAUAUUGCAGCAUGUUUAUUUCUGCUUGGUGUUAGUUAACCCUAGUCUUUCACUUGCCACAUGUGGCCGGCGUAUGCCAAGAGCGGGGAGAGAAAGAGAAGUGGUGCCUACACAACUGCUUUCACUUUUAAUUUCUGUUUUUAAUUUUAAGCAACUGUCUCUCUGUUUGCGUUUUCUGCUUUCUAACUCAAAGCUCACGUCAAUUUUUAUCUUGAGAAAGUCUGAAAAUAGUUUUUGAAAACAAUGUUAUGAAUAAAAAAAAAAUAUUUUUAUAAAUAUAUAAAAGCCGUAAGUUGUAAAUACAGUUUGAUCAGAAAGCUUUAUAAGAUAACUUCUUCUCAAAUAGACAAAAAAGAUAGUGGUACCCAUAUAUCCUUCGUAGUUAUUACUUGUAAAUCUGUUAAUAGAGUAAGCUUAUUUCAAUAUUUCAGGGGAUUUUAAAUGGUUUAAAAAUAAAUAUUUAAAUUCUGGUAAAAA